CGGAGUUUACUUUUUAAAAAGUUGAGAGAGAGAAAUAGCAGAUGGCAAUGUUAGAUCGACCGCGUUCUUCUCUCCUGCAAUUCGAUUCUCGCUGUCUUUCUCAAUCUCACCUUCCAAUCGGAUCUUCUUUCAUGGGAAUGGACGAAAGCUGCUCUACCAACCUCAUUGAUGGAGAUGGUGCUUUUAAUGUCUCUGGCAUUGAAAAUUUUGUGAAGGCUGUGAAGCUUGGGGAAUGUGGACUUUCCUAUGCUGUGGUUUCUAUCAUGGGCCCACAAAGUAGUGGAAAGAGCACUCUCUUGAACCAUCUAUUUCGCACCAACUUCAGGGAGAUGGAUGCUUUUAAGGGGAGGUCUCAAACUACAAAAGGCAUUUGGUUGGCAAAGUGUGUUGAUAUUGAACCAUGUACGCUCGUCAUGGAUCUGGAGGGUACAGAUGGGAGGGAGCGAGGAGAGGAUGAUACUGCCUUCGAGAAACAGAGUGCUCUUUUUGCUCUUGCAGUUUCAGAUAUAGUGCUUAUAAAUAUGUGGUGCCAUGAUAUUGGCCGGGAACAGGCUGCAAACAAGCCUCUUCUUAAGACCGUUUUCCAGGUCAUGUUGCGGUUGUUUAGUCCUCGUAAAACAACUUUGCUUUUUGUCAUACGUGAUAAAUCCAAGACCCCAUUAGAAAAUUUGGAACCUAUUCUGAGGGAAGAUAUCCAGAAGAUAUGGAACAGUGUUCUCAAACCACAAGCUCACAAGGAAACUCCCCUCAGUGAAUUUUUCAAUGUGGAAGUUGUGGCUCUUUCCAGCUAUGAGGAGAAGGAAGAGCAAUUUAAAGAGCAGGUAGCAAGUUUAAGGCAGCGAUUUUUUCAUUCCAUUGCUCCUGGUGGUCUUGCUGGAGAUCGGCGAGCUGUUGUUCCUGCUUCAGGAUUUUCUUUUAGUGCGCAACAAAUCUGGAAGACAAUCAAGGAAAACAAAGACCUUGACCUUCCUGCCCACAAGGUUAUGGUUGCUACUGUACGUUGUGAAGAAAUUGCUAAUGAAAGGCAUGCUAGUUUAACUUUGAAUGAGGAAUGGCUUCAGGUGGAAGAAGCUGUACAAUCUGGCCCAGUUCCAGGCUUUGGGAAGAAGCUCAGUGCAAUCCUAACAACUUGUCUAUCAGAGUAUGACACAGAAGCUAUCUAUUUUGAUGAAGGUGUUAGAACUGUGAAGCGGAAGCAGUUGGAAUCAAGAAUUCUACAGCUUGUCCAUCCUGCCUAUCAAUCCAUGUUGGGACACCUACGAUCCAGAACUCUUGAUAGUUUUAAGGAAGCGUUUGAUAAGGCUCUUAAUAGAGGGGAAGGAUUUGCUGUGGCUGCUCGUGAUUGCACCCAGGCUUUUAUGUCUGCAUUCGAUGAAGGAUGUGCAGAUGUAUCUAUUGAGCAAGCAAACUGGGAGCCUUCCAAAGUUCGGGACAAGCUUCGGCGUGACAUUGAUGCUCAUGUAGCUUCUGUCUGUGCUGCCAAAUUGUCUGAACUUAACGCCCAAUACGAGGAGCAACUCGAUGCAGCACUUGCAGCGCCCGUGGAAGCUCUUCUAGAUGCAGCUGGCAAUGAUACCUGGCCAUCGAUAAAAAUCCUUCUGAAACGCGAGACCGAGUCAGCGGUCUCUGGACUUUCAUCUUCCCUAUCUGGCUUCGACAUUGACCAAGCAACCAUGGAUAAAAUGCUCACAAACCUGGCAGAUUAUGCAAAAAAUGUGGUUGAAACAAAGGCAAGAGAAGAAGCUGGAAGGGUCCUGAUUCGUAUGAAGGACAGGUUUGCAACAUUGUUUAGCCGUGAUGACGAAUCGAUGCCUAGAGUUUGGACUGGGAAAGAAGACAUCCGUGCAAUCACAAAAACUGCCCGCUCUGCGUCCUUGAAACUGCUCUCUGUCAUGGCUGCAAUCCGUUUGGAUGAGAAUGCCGAUAAUAUCGAGAAUACUCUCUCACUUGCUCUUGGGGAUUCUGGUAACACUGGUGCUACUAAUAAGAGCAUCACAUCAUUUGAUCCACUUGCUUCAAGCACUUGGGAAGAGGUUCCCUCUACGAAAACCUUGAUUACACCUGUCCAAUGUAAAUCUCUGUGGAGGCAAUUCAAGGCAGAGACAGAGUACAGUGUCACUCAAGCAAUGGCUGCUCAGGAAGCCAAUAGGCGAAAUAACAACUGGUUACCACCUCCAUGGGCAAUUCUGGCCAUGGUUGUUCUUGGAUUCAAUGAAUUUAUGACACUCCUAAGGAAUCCGUUGUAUCUCGGUGUUAUAUUUGUUGUUUAUCUCCUAGGCAAAGCCCUUUGGGUCCAGCUCGACAUCUCUGGUGAAUUUCGCAAUGGUGCGCUUCCGGGGCUUCUCUCAUUGUCUACCAAGUUUCUUCCGACUGUCAUGAACCUUCUCAAGAAACUAGCAGAGGAGGGCCAAAUGGCGCAGCAGCCUACUGAUCAUCGGAGAAACCCCGCACUAGAUUCGAGGAGCUUCAAGAAUGGAACACAGAGCAAUUCAACAUCAGAUGCAUCAUCGAAUAUAACUUCGGCGGAGAAUGGGGCCGAGUACUCGAGCCCACCUCUGAGGCAAAGACACCAGGAAAGUGAAUAGGUGGGUUUGUGUGACUGGUCGAGCAAGAGCAAUGCUUGUGUUGAGCUUGAUUAUGGUGGGUCCCAGAUGAAUAUACACAUACAUGUGUUGUAUUGGCAUUUGAUAUUCUUCAUUAACUGUAACUGAUGAGGGGUAGAGAUUUCGUUUCUUUGGGAGAAGGCGGUGUUUUUGUUUUGUUUUGUUUUGUUUUUUUUUGGUUUUUGUAAUUUUUUUUUUCUUUUUUGGAGAGUUCUAUAAUUUCCAUAAGAAGGGGGGUGGUCUGAUAGGAAAUGUCUUGGCCCCUGCAAUAGUUCUAUUAUAUUCUGUUGGUAGA